UACAUACAUAUACGCCUCUCUCUCUCAUCAAUCAUCGUCAUCAUCCACUUCGCUGCAUCUGGUCGCUACAGAAGAGGCGCCUACUCCUCUCUUUACGCACGCUCCAUAAGAGAUAAUCGAGAGUUUGAGCUCGACCGAGCUCCAUCAGAUCCACCAUUACUGAUUUUGACAAGAAAUUGUGUUAGAUUGGAUCUGCGGCGGUGAUUUGUGGAGAGAGAGAUUAGCCAGAUCUAAGGAGAUAUAGCAGCUAUGUCUUUUAUUGGUACCCAAGAGAAAUGCAAGGCAUGUCAAAAGACUGUGUAUCCUGUAGAACUUCUAUCCGCUGAUGGGGUUAAUUACCACAAGUCUUGCUUCAAGUGUACUCACUGCAAGGGGACCCUUAAGCUCAGCAAUUAUUCCUCAAUGGAAGGUGUUCUGUACUGUAAGCCUCACUUUGAGCAGCUUUUCAAAGAAACUGGUAAUUUCAACAAGAACUUUCAAUCACCUGCAAAGUCAGCUGAGAAGUUAACUCCUGAGCUGACAAGGUCACCUAGCAAGGCUGCCGGAAUGUUUUCUGGGACUCAAGAGAAAUGUGCCACCUGCAAUAAAACCGCGUAUCCACUGGAGAAGGUAACAGUGGAGGGCCAGUCCUAUCAUAAAUCUUGUUUCAAGUGCUCUCAUGGUGGCUGUCCUAUAUCUCCAUCAAAUUAUGCAGCUCUAGAGGGGAUUUUGUAUUGUAAGCACCAUUUCUCUCAGCUUUUCAAAGAGAAAGGGAGUUACAACCACCUUAUUAAGUCUGCAUCAAUCAAACGUGCAGCGGCAGCUUCAGUUCCCGAAGCUUGAGUUUGAGUUCCUUACAUGCCAUCUAUUCCAGUGUGUGUUUUUUUUUCCAAACCAGGAGGAACUAGCAAGAACAUGGUUCCUCUUAUCUUCCCGUGUUUUGGGCAUAUUGUUGUGGUUGAUUGAUUUGUACUCCAUCUGUAAACUGACUUUUGGAGGGAUUGUUGGCGUGUGGUAUCUUGUCGAAUAUUUUCAAUUUAUCAUCAAUGGAAACCAAAUUUAUGGUUGUGGGUU